GGUAGCGCAAUUAGUCGGACGACCAGUAGUUGAUUGCACGUGACGAAGACGUAACAAUGGGUUUCGUCGACGUUAUUAUUCUCCUGCUAAUUGGCAGUGCAUUAGCCUGCGAGGUUCCAAAAAAUCCUGCCCCUCCAUCUCGUAUCAGACAGGUAUCAAAAAACGCAGUGAUUGAUAUCGAAGGAAGAACCGGUGGUGCGGUAAUUCUGAAUGCCACAAAAAAUGACGGAUCUCAAAUGAGAAUUGAGCUGCAAUUCUCCGGUUCGUCGCGGACAUCUCCCCCAAGGGUGACAAGCUGUGGUCAAUUCUCCACGUGUAUCGCGAAUGAAAAUGGAAUCCACACGAAUAUCGAAGUGGUUCCUACCCGGGAAUUCGUGGUGGUGACACGAACAUCGUCGGCACCAUCUAGUCGAUUCACCGAUUGCUUCUCAUUGCGAGAUGAUACGCAGUGGGUGGGUGGUCCCCAGCACCGGUACCAGCACUGGCCAAUCCAGCACAUGUACUUCGAGGAAGAGCCUUAUGUUCCAUCACACCCCACCAACAUGGCCAUCACCGAGAGGUAUUGGCUGUCCAGCAGAGGCUUCUACAUCCACGUCUCUCCGAACGUCCACCUCUUCCUCGACCAGAACAACAUCAAGGACAAGUACUUGUGCUUGGUUGUCAAGAACAAGGCGCCAUACUCCCCAGAGACCAACACAACAACUUCCUACGAGUUCGGAUUCUUCAGCAACUCACGUCAGGCUCACGAGUCGGUCAUCAAUCGUCAUUUUGGAAAACCAUCUGGACAGCCCGAUGCCCGCAUGAUUCAACACCCCAUCUACUCGACGUGGGCGAGAUACAAGGCCAAUAUUACGGAGAAGAUCAUCAAUGACUUUGCGGAUUCAAUUAUCGCCAAUAAAUUUAACAACAGUCAACUGGAGAUUGACGACAAUUGGGAGACUUGCUAUGGAUCUGCUACAUUUGAUACCAAGAAAUUCCCCAAUAUCACUCGACUCACUAGUACUCUCAGGACGAAGGGAUUCAGAAAUACUCUCUGGAUUCAUCCUUUCAUCAACAUCGGGUGUGAGCCUGCGUAUUCAUACGCUAAGAACAACAGCUAUUUCGUGAAAAAUAGAGACGGAAGUACCUUCACUACUUGGUGGCAAGGCAAUAACGGAGCCGGAGUGAUAGAUUUUACAAAUCCAAAAGCUGUCACCUGGUGGGUGGGUAGAUUAAAAGCCCUGGAAAAAUUGGGAAUUGGUUCCUUCAAGUUCGAUGCUGGUGAGCCGUCCUGGCUCCCACAGGUGUCAGUGCUGACAGGUGCAGCUGGAUUGAAACCAGGAAUUUUCACGAAGGACUACGUCAAUGCUCUUGCUAAUAAUUUUAACAGCAUGAUCGAGGCUCGUGUCGGCUGGGACUCCCAGGACCUCCCGAUCUUCAUCAGGAUGAUCGACAAGGACUCAACAUUCACUUGGAAUAAUGGACUACCAACGCUUAUCACAACUCUCCUGCAGAUGAAUUUGGCGGGAUAUGUUUGGGUUCUUCCAGAUAUGAUCGGUGGGAAUGGGUAUUUGGAUGGCUCGUUGAAUGGCACCGUCCUGCCUACGAAGGAGCUCUUCAUCAGGUGGCUACAGUGCAAUGUCUUCAUGCCCUCUCUGCAGUACUCAUUCGUCCCUUGGGAUUACGAUAAUGAGACCAUCGCCAUCAGCAGGAAAUUUACUGAUCUUCAUGCCGAGAUAACACCGACUAUUCUUCGACUUAUGAAUCAGACAGUGAGAACUGGUGCCCCACUGAAUCCUCCGAUCUGGUGGAUCGAUCCCGCUGAUCAGGAGGCUCACAAAGUCAAUGAUGAGUUCCUUCUGGGAGAGGAGAUCCUUGUGGCUCCAGUGAUUGAGGAGAACGUAAACACUCGCGAUAUUUAUCUCCCCAGAGGAACCUGGAAGGAUGCAAAUACCAACUCCAAUUAUGUGGGACCAAUCUGGAUACGAAAUUAUCCAGCACCCCUGAAUGUCCUCCCGUGGUUCAGAAAAAUUGCAUAAUUUUCUAACGAUUUUAUGGGAUAACCAAUGUUUUAUAGAUACCAGAGAAAAUAUUAUCAAUUGAAAAAUCAUAAAAAUAUUGCAAUAAAUAUCUCAGCUUAUCUCUCAGAUAAGCGUACAGAUAAGCAGUGGCAAAUAA